UGCCUUGAGCACGGGUGGCCUCCACCUGUGACAGUCCUAAUUCUUCCCUCACCAGUACAAGUGGUGGACGCUCCACACCAGCAUCCUAGCUGAAGGGAACGCCUGAGAGGAACCCGGUAUAUCUUAGUGUGAUCCUGGAAGACUGGAGAGAAUGGCCCCGAGCUGCCUGUUGAUCCUGCUGCUGGUGCCAUUAGUUUCUCCCACCCCGCACAACCCCAUCUCGGAAAGCUUGGCAGACAUCAUAGAGUCGUGGGCUCCUCUGGUGUGGCUCCAUCCUCAAGAAGUCUUCUUCCCUUCAACUGUUGAUUUUCACUUACAGCAUGUUGAGGUGCGGACCAGCAGUGAGACUGUGGUGCAGAGCUCCCCCGACCGCUACACCCUGCUGGCAGGACCCGACACCUCCGACAUGCACCUCAACGCUCUCCCAGACCUUGAGUGUGCGGACUGCCUUCUUGACUGGUUCGCUGGAGAGAAUGUGAGUCAGGUGGCGGUGCCCACCUACGUAUUCAUCCGCGAUUACCAGGACGCCUGUGGCACCAUCGACGUCGCCUACAGGACCUUCUACCCCUACAACUACGGCAAGGAUGUCUGCGUUGGUAUACCGGUGGCGGGAGAGUGUGAAGGAUACGUGCAGUCCUUCGGCAACCACGUGGGUGACUGGGAGCACUACUCCAUCAGGAUCAGGAACGAGAAGGUGAUAGAGUGCUACGUGUCGGUGCACAGCUUCGGCGCCUGGUACACCUGGAACGACACCACUAACAACUUCCAGUUCCUGGACGGAGAGGAGAGCCGCGUGAACUUGAUCAACGUGACCUACCCAGAGACAGUGGAGGUGGUGGAGGGCUUCCACGCAGAGCUCUUCAGUGCCAACGGUUCACAUGGACUAUGGUCCCAACAAGGUACCCACGAGUACGUGCACUUCCCCAUCCACCUUGAUGACGAGACCGACCGUGGCUUACCGUGGAGGACCUGGCAGCUGCUCGAGGUAGUGGAGUACGACCCAGACACACAGUAUGAUGGGGAGCUACACUACCUGGGUUACCGUGGUCGGUGGGGGAACCUAGAGCGUGGGUGUGAGGUGGAGCUGGUGUCUGGUGAGUGUGUCCUGAGCAGCGGCCCCUCCUUCUGGCCCCCCGUGCCCUCAGACUUCCCUGACGACUGCCACCUCAUCUAACUCAACACCACACUACCAGCCGUCCGGCUCAAGCUGCUGUCUUCCUCGCCUGCUUCCCUCCACUCCUCACUUCUUACCUUCUUCAAAACUAUUAUAAAAAUUGUUUUCAUUAUUCAUAUAUGAUAAUACAGUAUAUAAUUGGUUUUGUUCAUACAAAAAUGCACUGUUCAUUAAUACAAGAAAAUAAUAAGAAUAUUUGUUAUUAUAAUUAUGCAUUAGACUUGUAUGUCACAAAACUGCAAUGCCCAUUAUAAAAUAAUAAAUACAAAUAGCAAUGCAAGUUUAAAUUUUAGCAAUGUUAAUAAAUAUUAUAAAAACA